AUGCUUGUGUUGAGGAACUUAAACCAGAGGACGGACCAGGAGAGGACAGACCAGGAGAGGACAUACCAGGAGAGGAGCAGGAGAGGAUGUACCAGGAGAGGACAGACCAGGAGAGGAGCAGGCGAGGACGUACCAGGAGAGAAGCAGGAGAGGACGUACCAGAAGAGGAGCAGGAGAGGACAGACCAGGAGAGGACAGACCAGGAGAGGACGUACCAGGAGAGGAGCAGGAGAGGAUGUACCAGGAGAGGACAGACCAGGAGAGGAGCAGGCGAGGACGUACCAGGAGAGAAGCAGGAGAGGACGUACCAGAAGAGGAGCAGGAGUACAGGAGGACAGACCAGGAGAGGACAGACCAGGAGAGGACGUACCAGGAGAGGAGCAGGAGAGGAUGUACCAGGAGAGGACAGACCAGGAGAGGAGCAGGCGGAGAGGACGUACCAGGAGAGAAGCAGGAGAGAGGACGUACCAGGAGAGACAGAGAGGACGUACCAGAAGAGGAGCAGGAGAGGACAGACCAGGAGAGGACAGACCAGGAGAGGACGUACCAGGAGAGGAGCAGGAGAGGAUGUACCAGGAGAGGACAGACCAGGAGAGGAGCAGGCGAGGACGUACCAGGAGAGAAGCAGGAGAGGACGUACCAGAAGAGGAGCAGGAGAGGACAGACCAGGAGAGGACAGACCAGGAGAGGACGUACCAGGAGAGGAGCAGGAGAGGAUGUACCAGGAGAGGACAGACCAGGAGAGGAGCAGGCGAGGACGUACCAGGAGAGAAGCAGGAGAGGACGUACCAGAAGAGGAGCAGGAGAGGACAGACCAGGAGAGGACAGACCAGGAGAGGACAGACCGAGAGGAGGGAGGACGUACCAGGAGAGGAGCAGGAGAGGAUGUACCAGGAGAGGACAGACCAGGAGAGGAGCAGGCGAGGACGUACCAGGAGAGAAGCAGGAGAGGACGUACCAGAAGAGGAGCAGGAGAGGACAGACCAGGAGCAGGAGAGACCAGGAGAGGACGUACCAGGAGAGGAGCAGGAGAGGAUGUACCAGGAGAGGACAGACCAGGAGAGGAGCAGGCGAGGACGUACCAGGAGAGAAGCAGGAGAGGACGUACCAGAAGAGGAGCAGGAGAGGACAGACCAGGAGAGGACAGACCAGGAGAGGACGUACCAGGAGAGGAGCAGGAGAGGAUGUACCAGGAGAGGACAGACCAGGAGAGGAGCAGGCGAGGACGUACCAGGAGAGAAGCAGGAGAGGACGUACCAGAAGAGGAGCAGGAGAGGACAGACCAGGAGAGGACAGACCAGGAGAGGACGUACCAGGAGAGGAGCAGGAGAGGAUGUACCAGGAGAGGACAGACCAGGAGAGGAGCAGGCGAGGACGUACCAGGAGAGAAGCAGGAGAGGACGUACCAGAAGAGGAGCAGGAGAGGACAGACCAGGAGAGGACGUACCAGGAGAGGAGCAGGAGAGGAUGUACCAGGAGAGGACAGACCAGGAGAGGAGCAGGCGAGGACGUACCAGGAGAGAAGCAGGAGAGGACGUACCAGAAGAGGAGCAGGAGAGGACAGACCAGGAGAGGACAGAGACCAGGAGAGGACGUACCAGGAGAGGAGCAGGAGAGGAUGUACCAGGAGAGGACAGACCAGGAGCAGGAGAGGAUGUACCAGGAGAGGAUGUACCAGGAGAGGACGGACCAGGAGAGGACAGACCAGGAGAGGAGCAGAAGAGGACAGACCAGGAGAGGAGCAGGCGAGGACGUACCAGGAGAGGACGUACCAGGAGAGGAGCAGGAGAGGACGUACCAGGAGAGGACAGACCAGGAGAGGAGCAGGAGAGGACGUACAAGGAGAGGACGUACCAGGAGAGGAGCAGGAGAGGACGUACCAGGAGAGGACGUACCAGGAGAGGAGCAGGCGAGGACGUACCAGGAGAGGACAGACCAGGAGAGGAGCAGAAGAGGACGUACCAGGAGAGGACGUACCAGGAGAGGAGCAGGAGAGGACGUACCAGGAGAGGAGCAGGAGAGGAUGUACCAGGAGAGGACAGACCAGGAGAGGAGCAGAAGAGGACAGACCAGGAGAGGAGCAGGCGAGGACGUACCAGGAGAGGAGCAGGAGAGGAUGUACCAGGAGAGGAUGUACCAGGAGAGGAGCAGGAGAGGAUGUACCAGGAGAGGAGCAGGAGAGGAUGUACCAGGAGAGGACAGACCAGGAGAGGAGCAGAAGAGGACGUACCAGGAGAGGAGCAGGAGAGGAUGUACCAGGAGAGGAGCAGGAGAGGACGUACCAGGAGAGGAGCAGGAGAGGACGUACCAGGAGAGGACGUACCAGGAGAGGAGCAGGAGAGGACGUACCAGGAGAGGAGCAGGAGAGGAUGUACCAGGAGAGGAGCAGGAGAGGAUGUACCAGGAGAGGACAGACCAGGAGAGGAGCAGAAGAGGACAGACCAGGAGAGGAGCAGGCGAGGACGUACCAGGAGAGGAGCAGGAGAGGAUGUACCAGGAGAGGACAGACCAGGAGAGGAGCAGAAGAGGACAGACCAGGAGAGGAGCAGGCGAGGACGUACCAGGAGAGGAGCAGGAGAGGAUGUACCAGGAGAGGAGCAGGAGAGGAUGUACCAGGAGAGGACAGACCAGGAGAGGAGCAGAAGAGGACAGACCAGGAGAGGAGCAGGCGAGGACGUACCAGGAGAGGAGCAGGAGAGGAUGUACCAGGAGAGGACAGACCAGGGGCUGACAUCUCCCAUGGUGAACUCAGACACACGGGAGGAGCUCGGGGUAGAGCCGCUGCUUCCCCACGCCGAGAGGAACCAGGGAGGAGACAGGAGACCAGGAGGAGACCCAGGACACAGAGGGAGGAGACCAGGAGGAGACCAGGACACAGAGGGAGGAGACCAGGAGGAGACCAGGACACAGAGGGAGGAGACCAGGACACAGAGGGAGGAGACCAGGAGGAGACCCAGGACACAGAGGGAGGAGACCAGGAGGAGACCAGGACACAGAGGGAGGAGACCAGGAGGAGACCAGGACACAGAGGGAGGAGACCAGGAGGAGACCCAGGACACAGAGGAGGAGACCAGGAGGAGACCCAGGACACAGAGACAGGAGACCAGGAGGAGACCCAGGACACAGAGGGAGGAGACCAGGAGGAGACCCAGGGCACAGAGACAGGAGACCAGGAGGAGACCCAGGGCACAGAGACAGGAGACCAGGAGGAGACCCAGGGCACAGAGACAGGAGACCAGGAGGAGACCCAGGACACAGAGGGAGGAGACCAGGAGGAGACCAGGACACAGAGGAGGAGACCAGGAGGAGACCCAGGACACAGAGACAGGAGACCAGGAGGAGACCCAGGGCACAGAGACAGGAGACCAGGAGGAGACCCAGGACACAGAGGGAGGAGACCAGGAGGAGACCCAGGCACAGAGACAGGAGACCAGGAGGAGACCCAGGGCACAGAGACAGGAGACCAGGAGGAGACCCAGGGCACAGAGACAGGAGACCAGGAGGAGACCCAGGCACAGAGGGAGGAGACCAGGAGGAGACCCAGGCACACAGAGGAGGAGACCAGGAGGAGGACCGGGGACAGACAGAGGGAGGAGACCAGGAGGAGACCCAGGACACAGAGGGAGGAGACCAGGAGGAGACCCAGGACACAGAGGGAGGAGACCAGGAGGAGACCCAGGAACACAGAGGGAGGAGACCAGGAGGAGACCAGGACACAGAGGGAGGAGACCAGGAGGAGACCAGGACACAGAGGGAGGAGACCAGGAGGAGACCCAGGACACAGAGACAGGAGACCAGGAGGAGACCCAGGGCACAGAGACAGGAGACCAGGAGGAGACCCAGGGCACAGAGACAGGAGACCAGGAGGAGACCCAGGGCACAGAGACAGGAGACCAGGAGGAGACCCAGGGCACAGAGACAGGAGACCAGGAGGAGACCCAGGGCACAGAGACAGGAGACCAGGAGGAGACCCAGGGCACAGAGACAGGAGACCAGGAGGAGACCCAGGACACAGAGGGAGGAGACCAGGAGGAGACCCAGGACACAGAGGAGGAGACCAGGAGGAGACCAGGACACAGAGGGAGGAGACCAGGAGGAGACCCAGGACACAGAGGGAGGAGACCAGGAGGAGACCAGGACACAGAGGGAGGAGACCAGGAGGAGACCCAGGACACAGAGGGAGGAGACCAGGAGGAGACCAGGACACAGAGGGAGGAGACCAGGAGGAGACCCAGGACACAGAGGGAGGAGACCAGGAGGAGACCCAGGACACAGAGGACGGAGACCAGGAGGAGACCCAGGACACAGAGACAGGAGACCAGGAGGAGACCCAGGGCACAGAGACAGGAGACCAGGAGGAGACCCAGGGCACAGAGACAGGAGACCAGGAGGAGACCCAGGGCACAGAGACAGGAGACCAGGAGGAGACCCAGGACACAGAGGAGGACCAGGACACAGAGAGGAGACCAGGAGGAGACCCAGGACACAGAGGGAGGAGACCAGGAGGAGACCAGGACACAGAGGGAGGAGACCAGGAGGGACCCAGGACACAGAGGGAGGAGACCAGGAGGAGACCCAGGACACAGAGGGAGGAGACCAGGAGGAGACCAGGACACAGAGGGAGGAGACCAGGAGGAGACCCAGGACACAGAGGGAGGAGACCAGGAGGAGACCAGACACCAGGAGGAGACCAGGCACAGAGGAGGAGACCAGGAGGAGACCCAGGACACAGAGGGAGGAGACCAGGAGGAGACCCAGGACACAGAGGGAGGAGACCAGGAGGAGACCCAGGACACAGAGGGAGGAGACCAGGAGGAGACCAGGACACGAGGAGGAGACCAGGACAAGAGGAGGAGACCAGGAGGAGACCAGGACACAGAGGGAGGAGACCAGGAGGAGACCCAGGACACAGAGGGAGGAGACCAGGAGGAGACCCAGGACACAGAGGGAGGAGACCAGGAGGAGACCCAGGACACAGAGGGAGGAGACCAGGAGGAGACCCAGGACACAGAGGGAGGAGACCAGGAGGAGACCCAGGACACAGAGGGAGGAGACCAGGAGGAGACCAGGACACAGAGGGAGGAGACCAGGAGGAGACCCAGGACAACGAGGGAGGAGACCAGGAGGAGACCAGGACACAGAGGGAGGAGACCAGGAGGAGACCCAGGACACAGAGGGAGGAGACCAGGAGGAGACCAGGACACAGAGGGAGGAGACCAGGAGGAGACCCAGGACACAGAGGGAGGAGACCAGGAGGAGACCCAGGACACAGAGACAGGAGACCAGGAGGAGACCCAGGGCACAGAGACAGGAGACCAGGAGGAGACCCAGGGCACAGAGACAGGAGACCAGGAGGAGACCCAGGGCACAGAGACAGGAGACCAGGAGGAGACCCAGGACACAGAGGGAGGAGACCAGGAGGAGACCCAGGACACAGAGGGAGGAGACCAGGACACAGAGGGAGGAGACCAGGACACAGAGGGAGGAGACCAGGAGGAGACCCAGGACACAGAGGGAGGAGACCAGGAGGAGACCAGGACACAGAGGGAGGAGACCUGGAGGAGACCCAGGACACAGAGGGAGGAGACCAGGAGGAGACCCAGGACACAGAGGGAGGAGACCAGGAGGAGACCAGGACACAGAGGGAGGAGACCAGGAGGAGACCCAGGACACAGAGGGAGGAGACCAGGAGGAGACCAGGACACAGAGGGAGGAGACCAGGAGGAGACCCAGGACACAGAGGGAGGAGACCAGGAGGAGACCAGGACACAGAGGGAGGAGACCAGGAGGAGACCCAGGACACAGAGGGAGGAGACCAGGAGGAGACCCAGGACACAGAGGGAGGAGACCAGGAGGAGACCCAGGACACAGAGGGAGGAGACCAGGAGGAGACCCAGGACACAGAGGGAGGAGACCAGGAGGAGACCAGGAGGAGACCAGGACACAGAGGGACUAUCGUCUCCACCUUUUCUACGCACUCGAACAAAGCCCAAAGCCACCGCAGCCUUCUCCUUCUCACCCACGGGGAUUAUCAGCGGUUAUGAACUCACAGAUUCUUCUCAUCCGCACGAGGAGACGGUUAAGUGUGGAAUCCUCAGUUAUUUAAGGUGGGAUCGAGCGCCAUUUUGUCUCAUUUUACCCUUUGUCCUCACAGUGUUCCCAGGAUCCACUCACAUCAGCUCUGGCCCUUGGACUCUCUAG